AUGGUUAGGAAGCAGAAGUUGCCUCAACCCAGCCAGAGCCCCCCCAUCCCCACCCGCACCGUGCCCAUCAGCGACGCCGCGCAGCUACCUCAUGACUAUUGCACCACGCCCGGGGGGACGCUGUUCUCCACCACGCCUGGAGGAACCCGAAUCAUUUAUGAUCGAAAGUUUCUGUUGGAUCGUCGCAAUUCUCCCAUGGCUCAGACCCCGCCCUGCCAUCUGCCCAAUAUCCCAGGAGUCACCAGCCCUGGCACCUUAAUUGAAGACUCCAAAGUAGAAGUAAACAAUUUGAACAACUUGAACAAUCAUGACAGGAAGCAUGCAGUUGGGGAUGAUGCUCAGUUUGAGAUGGACAUCUGACUGUCCUGCAAGGAUCAGAAGAAAAGCAGCAACACUGAUACCUGUGUGAACCUGAUUUGGCCAAUAGGAUCAACAAUGAAAACGCAGAAGAGGCAGUGUCAGCAGUUCCCAUUGCAGUCUCCCACCUCCUCCUCUUCCUCUGGGUGCCAAAUGAUGUGAAGAUGAGCUACAUCUGACCAUUUCCUCUCCUUGUUUCCUGUUCCCCUUCCCAGUUAGUCAGAUUAGAUUGAAGGCCCAUGGCAUAUUUCUGUAGAAUUAAGCAGCCCACAAAGGAAAACAGUUGACUUCUGGCUUCUCUAGACAUUUUGCUAUUGGGAAACACCUACCCUCCAAAAAAAAAAAAUUUUUUUUUUUUUUAUCCUAAAUCAAAUAGCCUACCAACAACUGCCUGGCUGGGAAGUCUGGGGGAGUGUACAGAGGUUUGAUGAACCAGCUCAGCAUUGUUCAUGUUCUUCCUCUGUGUCUCCUUCCUGUCUCUCACCCAUGGCUCAGUGCUCCAAGAAUCUGAAUUUGGGGUCUUCAGAACCAGCAGAGGAAAAUAAACGAGCGCUGCUUUCCUUUUUACCCCGAGUUGUAUGUCCUUGGAGACAGCACAGUUUGUACAACUCUGGUAGCACUACCCUGUGGCAGUUUUGAGGUCCACUUCCCCUCCAUCCUUUGGGAGUAACGUCUUCUGUCUUUGGUUUUAUAGUUCAUGUACCCAUUCCUUUACUUAGCACUUAAUGUGCAAAAAUUUUUAAACUCUCUACAUGAAAGAUAGUCAUCAGUAACCAGCUGUUGUUUCCUCCUCUUUUUCCAUUCCUCCCUGCUUGCAUCGUGUUGGUUUCAGUCCUCUUGUACUCUGAGCAUUCAGGUGAUUUCACUGCUCCCAGAGCAGGCCCAUACCAGGUGACAAAGAGGCACUUUGAUUGAGGCCUGGUUAUUGUUUUUUGAUUCAACGAGCAUUGUGGUAUUUGUUAUCUCAGAUUGCAGUUUUUUUAUAUUUUGAGUUUAAAGUUGACUUUCAGAAUACUCUUGGUAAAGAACUAAACUUUUUUCCUUUGCGGACCUGCUUUAUUUGGCUGCUGAGGUAAGAUAAGCAUGGGCUUUAAAAUGUGUUCCUCCCCAUUGUACUCUGAAUUUUCCCUUUCUUUCCCUCCUUCCCUUCCUCUCUGUCUUUCCUUUUUCUCUGCCAGGCCAUUUUUUCAAAUACACAUCAAAGAUACCUCGAGUGUUGGUAUCUGAUAAUAUCUGUCACUCUAAUCUGAAGAGUGACCUUUUAUUUUUAAGAUGACUACAGACCUAUUUUUAGAUAUGUUUUCAAUACAAUUUGAACAGCAACUUUUUAAUCACACAUCUUCCAGUGUUAGGAAGGUGAGAAAUGUCCAUAGGCGAGUCUGCUGUUCCACGUCACCAUCCUUUGUCUCCUGCGGCCCCCUGUGAGCUCUUUCCUUCUCCCUCUAGUUUGGGGUGUGCAUGUUUGGCGUUUGUAGUGGGUGGUUUGUAAAACAGGACCAUUCUGCCUUGCUGUGGGCUGUUCAUGAAAGCUGCCUUCUUUUCCCUUACCCUUUUUCUGUCAUUCCCCUUCCUCCCCAGCCACUCUCCUGACUAUUAACUGGCACCGUAAUCCCAGAAGAGUGAGUUCCCGCAUAGAAAGAAUAAUGCCUCCGUCCCCUCUUAGAAAGACAAGUAAAGUAGCCACUGGUGUCCUAGGAAUUUCUGGUUGGAUUUGGUAUACUGAACCCUCUUAUGGAGAGAUCACAUCCCAGGGUGAGAGUAAUAGGCCAAUUGGCUAAAAAAGAAAACUGUUUGUUUUUAUUUAGAACUAUGUAAAGACCCUGUUUGUGAAUACAUUUUAGACAGAAUAGAGAAAGGAUGUCUGAGGAAAUUUGUUCUGUCUUCUGCUACAAAAUGUGAAUAGUUCAAAGAGUGAAACCUUUUGUGAUGGUUCAUGUCUCUCAGGAAUAAGCUGGACCUCCAAAGUUUUGGAGAUGCUUUCAGUCUCAAAAAUUGAUGAUCAGAAAAGUAUGUUUUAUUUGUUCAAUGUAUCCAUGUUCUAAUUUUAAUUAAACUCCAAAUUUUGCUUUAUAUUCUCUUGGAAAAACUCAAGUUGCACUGUAAUUUGCAUGAGAAGCUUGCUCAGGACCUUUUUGUCCCUUGGGAGCUUGAUUCUUUGGGAAUGAAGCGUUUCGUUCUUCAGACCCUGGCCUUGGCAUUCUGUGGAAUCUGACUCUUAACUGCAGCUAGUUGGUCUGUUAGUGAGCAGAAGAGUGUCCCCUUUUUUUAUCUUUAUCAUUACACAUGAAAACUCAGCUUCCUCACCAAACUGGAGAAUAGAUUUAAAACAUGCCAGCUCAAGUGGUAUCAAGAUGCCGUUUUUCCUUUAUUUUUUCCCCCCAUCUUGGAGAAUCUCUGCAUGUGGCCCCUUAGUUAGAAGCCAUGUUUCUAGUAUUUUGGGGGAGUGCUGUAUAAUAUCACAGUUGCCCAAUCCCUUAGCCUUCUCUGCAAGGACCUCCUUACUACUUGGUGCAGUUCUUUCCUGGAGGCCACUGCUACGGGAGAUACCUUGACCUUCAUAAAUCGGCAUUUUAAAGAUAAUUUCACAAGGCAACAGAUAAACUUCUAAUAGACGACACCUUUGUGCCAUGCAUUAGAAUCAUUUUCAGGGCAAGCCAGAAUCUAGUAGGUGAUUGACUUGUGGAUAUUUGGAAGGAAACUCACAGGUGAAGAUCUAAAUGAAUUAUUUAUCCUGGCUUUUUUUGGAGGCGGGAACACGUUUAGUGUACCAUUUGAGGGAGACGGUUCUUAAAAUCUUAGUGAUCACUUGUACUUUUCUUUUUAUGAGGAAACCAUGUUUCUGUAUUGGGAACAGUCCUUAAUGGGAAAUGACCUUCCUCCAAACUCCAGCAAAAGACAUGCAUUGUAAUGGUUCUACCUUCUUUACAGUGUGGUUCAUUGAGUUUGCCACUUCCUCAUAUUCUAUUCAAAUAGCUAUCAUGAUCUCAAGGGCACAGCGUAGAGAAGCUGGCUUCUAGGGAUUGGACUUCCAAGCCAAGAUUUUUGUUUUUCCACCUGUAUUAUAUAUUUCUAUGUAACAAACUAUCCCCAAAUUUAAAAUCUUAAAAGAGCAAACAUCAUCUGUUAGUUUCUAGUACGGGGUCUCAGGAAGUUGCAGUCAAUAUGUCAGCAGGGUCUGCAGUCAUCUGGGGCAGGAGAGUCUACUUCUAAGCUCUCUGUGGCUUUUGGCAAGAUGCCUCAGUUUCUCCCCAUGUGGGUCUCUGUAGGGCAGCAUGUAUGUCUGCACACAAUGGCAGCUGGUUUUCCUCCUGAGUGAGUGAUAGGAAGGGGAGGAGGAAUUUGCAGUGACUUUUAUGACAGUCUGAAAGCACACACUAUCACUUCUUUCUUCUGUUCCUUAGAAGCAAAUUGCUAAGCCCAGCCUACACUCAAGGGGAGAAUUAUAUUCCCACCUACUGAAAGGAGCAGUAUCAAAACUUGUGGAUAUAUCUUAAAACCACCUCACCCCUAACAGGAUGAAACCAAGCCAAUAGUGGGGUGGGGGUGGGGGGGAGAGUAGCUUUAAACUAGAUGUUAUGCUAAGAGAGAUGCUGCUUCUGAAAACAGUUCUCUAAGAUGUGUGUCACCAAAUUGGGAUAGAAGACACUUUGUCUUUCUGAAAGCUACCUGCUGUUUUUGAGAGGGGUGACAAGAAAUGGCAGUUCCCAGGAGAACAUAAUACCUAUACAUUUCCCUGACUACCAGCAGCCCAAGGAUGCUGCUUUGCAAGUCCUAGGGUUGGUGUUUCCUAAGACUCAAAACCACUUACUCGUAUUCCCUCCCACUCUGCCCAGCCAGGAAUUUACAAAGGGAAUUGGAUCCUUCUAGCUGAGCCACUAAAGCUGACUUAAUUGAUGUCAGGGUUGUCCCGCAAAGGGAGCAAACAUGAAUUAGAUGUUGGGUUACUGAGCUGAAGAAAAGUCAAUAGUUCAGAAUCAGGGUGAAAUAGAUGAUAGCAUCUAGAAGCCAGAGUUAAUGCUUGGCACCUGGUCUCCAACCACACCAGCUGAAACAGAUUUGGGUUGGGUCUCUCGCCUAGGAAGCUGUCAAAGUAGGGAAUGUGUACAAAUUAGAAAUGUUUUUGCUUGAUUGUUCCUUUAUAUCCACUGUGCUGGUUAACUGUAUGCCCACCUAGUCUUGGGCUUCCUGAUAGACAUGAGUACUUAAGGAGAACCAGUUCUGUCUUCACCCUUGAGAGAAACUUAGAUGAGGCUUGUCAGUUCAGUAGUCUCAGUGAAGGUCUGCUCUAUGUUUGUGGCACCUAUGCCCAACCAAGUUUUUAGAGAUUUCAGACAUCUCAAAGAUGCAAAUUCCUGUAUGGAUUUACACUCUGCCUCUUCCCAGCAUUUUGCUAUCUGUAGCCUUGCUUGCUUUAGAGUAGACCUAAAUAAAAAGCAUUGCUGCUGAGGCAGCUAUAAGAAAAAGGUACUUCUUCCAGAAGUAAGGAACUCAUCUUUAAAGCACCUUUGAAUGAAUUUUGCCUUUCCUUCUGAUUUUUAGGAAGAGUCAGUAUAGAUGGUGUUUUAUUUUUGUUUGGGUUACCAGCUCUGGAAGUCUCAGCCCUUACCUUCCCAGUUCAAAUAUUGUCAUUAGAAUGCAAGUGCGUGGGUUUCACCCCAGAGUCUGUCGUUCAACCAGUACAUACUGAAUGCCUGCUUUGAGUCAAGGCUACUGGCUUAAGGGGUUCAUCAUGUUGGCAGCAGUAUCCUAGAAACAAUCUUUUUCCAUUCAUCCCAUCUUAGAACUUCAAUGGUGUAUCAAACAUCUUGGCUGCUUGAGCCAGGGCCCUCAGUCCUUUGCAUUCCCCUUCAGAGAGGAGGCCCAAUGCCUUUUUUGGGGUCAGGACUUUACCUUUUUGGUAUGUUUCUCAACCACAUGUAUAUAGGUGGCUAUUUAUUAAUCUGUGAAACCCAGGGUGUAGUAUUUGUUUUAAAGAAGCAUUCUUUCUUUUUGAGAGGGCAGUUUCUAUCUGGACUUCAAAAGGGACUUAGUCACCAUACAUAUGACCCUCCCACCCCCCAUGUUCUUUAUCUCUCAGCUUUUAAUAAAAGUUGAAAUCAUAUUUUGAGGCAAUCGGGUCACAAUUCUUUAGACUACUUAUAUCCCAGGGGCAUUUCCUAUUCUAGUAAUGAUUUUCCAGUUUGGCAUUGGAGUUUCCUUGAGGCUAGCUCACAGAAAUUUUUUACUGAAGACUAAUGAUAAUUGAUACAUACUUGUUUUUUCAAACAUUCCCGUCACCUUUCCCACCCUCUGGAAUUCAAAUUUCUUUCUCUGGGCUGGUCCUGGAAGUUGAUACCUUCUGGCAAAGAUUAGAUUUAGGAGAAGUCCUUCGAGUCCCUGUUCAGAUGGUCUGUGGUUUCUCUUUGCUUAACCUGCCUGCAGCUAUGGCAACCAUACUGUGUGGAUGCCCAGUGGAAAAUAUUACUGAGAUGAAACAUACUUCUGGGGGUAUUUAAACUCUCGCUCUGCCACCUUUCUAUGAGUGGGAGGCUGGCAGAGAGAUGCUGCAAUGCUUGACAGUCAUUUAGCCAUGUUGAAAUUUGCAAAGGGAGCUCUUGCUGGUGCUCAAAACCAGAAUUCCUGGACACUUCAAACUUAGAGAAUUCCAUGAAUCUAGCAUAGAAUAUCCAUUCUUGCCCCAUGGUAAUCCCUUCCUCUCCAUUUUAAGCUUAAAAAAAAAAAGCAAAAAACCCCAGCCCAAGCCAAGGGCAAUUUUUACUUGAAACCAGGAGAGUGGGUGAGGAACACUGUAGAGAUAAGGGGCGAGUUGUGCAGGUGAGACAUUCUGCUCCUGCUGUCUGUAUCCAGAUAACUACUGUGAGCCAGUGCCUUUCCUUUACCUGAAGAUGGAGCCCAUCUCUUUCCAUGAGGUGAGGAGACCCUCUGCUACCCAGGAGUAAACCUUAAAGAAGGUGGCUUGCAGAGCCCAGCAGACAUUCACGUAUUCGGGUGUCCAUUUUAAGCAUCUUUAAAGUAUUUUAUAUAUUAAAAAAUGUCCUUCCCUGUCUUAGUGCCACCGAUGGCCCAGUUCCAUCCAUUCUGAAUGGAAAAGCAGAGACUGCCAGUUCUUUCCUUGUUCUUCCCUUUGUCGCCUUUGAUGUGGUUGUCCCGACCCCUCCCAUCCAUUUCACUGUCGUGGAUGGAUAACAGAGGGCACCAUGCAGUCCUGAGGUUGGUCCUGUGUAAUUCCAUGGUCAUUUUUUUUUUGUAACUGUCCUUCCAAACAAGCAGGUGUUUGGAAAUUAGGGGAAAAAAUAAAUUCUCACCAAUGGUUGCUGUUACAAUUAAGUCAAUAAAGAUCUUGAAUAUUAA